AUGUCAACUCCAGUGGUUGUUGACAUUGUGACAUAUUUUUAUCCGAUUGGGAACACACCUGCCGUCCACUUGACUCGAGGUCUUCCAUACAAGCAGUCUGCCAAUAUUCUGCUUUUAGGGUGUGGCGAUGUGCGCAACAUCUUGUUUACGGUCUAUUCCGACCAGCGUUCUGGCCGGAAACUAGACGUGACGUGCUGUGACAUUGAGCCCGCCGUCAUUGCGCGCAACAUCUUGUUGCUUACUCUCCUUUUAGACGAUGUCGACGGGUCCAAUGACGCUUCUAUAUGGGACAUAUACUAUCACCUGUGUCUGGAUACCAAGGCCUUGGAGUUGCUGGGGACCCAAGCCACAAAACUACACGAACUGGCGGCUUCAAUGCAGGGCUGGCAUCGUGGGCAAUAUGGCCGACAAUUCAGAUUUUGCGACGAGGGAACCCUAGCGAAGGUAAGGGAUAUCUGGGACACUUACCGCUUCACACGCUUGAAUCAGGACGACCGAGAACGUUUUCUCGAACGCUCAAAGGCGGCAAUGCAGAGGGCCAUGGAAAGCCGAGCGUAUCACCUCGGUGGCACCAGUUUUGUCAUAUCGGGCCUUCGAUCUGCAGCCCCCGUCGGCAUCGGUGCCAUUCAUGACGCCCCCAAGCUUCAUCAACACUAUUGGGACCACGGCAACACCGACAGGGAGGGAAAAGACCCGUGCAGAACCGACACGCCCAACCCGAUGUUUGUGACUGACAGGUCCACGCUCCACUACGGUACCGACCCAUUACUGGGCUUUCACCUUGCGACGGCCUAUACCCCACUCACGGAACAGUCACCGUUUCAUGCUGAGGUAAUGACGCAUGAUUCUUCCUGCUUUAGGGUUGUCGAGGCGGCACGGCUUCAGUUUCGGUCCUGGGCAAGGUCGCUUAGACAGUACCCUCCCUCUUGUCUUACAAUACGCUUUUUCGCAGGCGACGCCAUCUCCUUUCUAUACGCGCUGCAGCAAAAGAAAAUCACCCGAAGUGAGAGGGCCGCGGGCAUGUACCGCGAUCCCUAUCACGCGGAGCCGCUGGUCCUGGACGGCGAGGAAUACACGGACUCUGCUCGAGCACCGCUCACAUUCGACGUGAUUGAUACGUCGAACCUCCUUGACCACGUAGGCGCUUUGAACCUCCUUGUGGCCGCCGCGCCGAUGUUGGACGAGGGACGCUCCGCUUCCCUAUACACCGAAUCGCUGGUAAAGCAAGAGGAAACCCAUACGGCGUACAUUGACAGCCUUCUCAAGGGCCACUUCCCAACCAUCUCGACUUUGUUAGGUCUCUUCCCAGUCGAGUACUGGACCAAUGCGUCGGCUUCUUCGGCGAUGGACGACCUGAUGAUGGACUCGAGCUUUAUCGGGGUUGCCGGUGAUAUCAGAAGCGGACAGAUGCAUGUCAGACUGACAUGGAAGCAGAUCAGUCCCGAAAGGACUUCGCCAUCGCCAUCGGCCGCAGGAAAAGGCCGUCGCCUCCGAGUCGAUGAGAGUGGGUGCGCCCGGAUCCUCCAUGAUGUGUAUCUCCACAUGUUUCAGCACGAGAACAUGCAGCGACUGUUCUCGGAUCUCAACGUGCACACCAUAUCGAAAAGUUCGCUCGUACGCUACCACCGCGGAAGUUAUGCUCUGUUUCUACGGUUUGUGCGCAGCAGGAUCGCCGCCGACUGGGGCAAAGUCAUGGACCACCUCCUGAGGCUUAUCGAGACCGACUCAAGUCUCUUAAUGGGAAUGAAUUAUAUUCAGGAGCUAUAUCUGUUCCUUCAUAUCUUUGAAGUGUAUUCUGUGGACACUUUCUCGGGCCCGAUCAAGCAACCCUCCACUGCCGUUACGAAAGGAUUGGAGCGCUGGAAUGGCAUUCCCCCGGUCAUUUACGUGACAUUAAAGGUACCCAGGGAAAGACUCAGAGCGAUAACAAGUCUCGAGCCCGCGGAAAUUGGCACGCCAAUCGUUCACUGUGUCAUUCAGUCCUCCCCGGCGUCGAGGUCUGGGCGUUGGCAAAAUAUCUUUUCUGCCGUGCAGCUUUCUUUUGGAGACAUCUCCACGACUGGUGAGAGGCACAGUGACGCCUUCAGCCUCCAUAUCGUGGACGACGGGCUGAAAUGGAAUGGCAGUUCCGCCCUCUUCGUCUCGUUCCGGGCUCCGACAUGGACGUUAUUGAUCGAACCCCGAACUGCAUCAAUAGCCUUUGGAAUCCAGAGCACGCCACAAAGUUCAAGAACGUUCGCAAAGCGUCUUGGUAUUGAAAUGAAUAUUUACGAAACCAACUUAGGAGAUGAAGAAAACGUCUUCAUGACCAAAGAUCCACCAAAUCAGCCAGAGUCUGCUUCCCUUUGCACCCUCCCGAACGAUGAUUCAGAAGACUCGCCUCCCCAAGGCCAGGUUGCGCGGACCGUGAUCAGUGCAAAUGUCGACUCUAAUGCUCCGAGGAUCGCAGGCCUGACGGGGCGUCUUGAACUCCUCACGGAGGACGUCAAGGCGGCGAUGAAAAGUGGAAGCAAGGUCGAAAGUGUCCAGGUGUCUCCAUGCACCGUCAUCGCGACAGUAGGGCUGAUGGCCUCGCCGAUCGUUCUUGAAUUUCCCUCUCCCGUCCUUGCGAGGAGCAAAAUUAGGAUUGCAAGAAAGUCUUCAUACAUCGAAAUAGAAGCACCACUGGCCAAUGCAGCGGAUUGGAAAUGCUUCCCGUCAUUCAUCCAUCCCAUUUACCCAACACUUGGGCCCCCCGUGGUAUGGAAUACGCCUUAUACGAAUUUGGAAUGCCUGCCCACCAUCAAUACGUCAAGGAAACAAGGGAUCCAAUGGCUCGUGACGCAUUCCUCCUGUAUGUUUAGCAGCAAAGAGCGCGAGUUGAGAGACACUCCGAUGCUCGUAGAUCAGGACAAAGACGUUCGAGUUCGAUACAAAGACUCUCUAUUUUCACUUAUCAUGCACUUUUCCGGCUUGCAGGGUGAACAAGCCCAACUAUUUGGCCUUAACGACCCCACGGGUGGAGGGAUACACGUUCUGAUUUUCGUCGCUAGCCUCAAACUGGACGUUGCCAAUCAAACGGUCGUUCUGGACUCGGCAAUAUUACCGCUGACCAAAAGCCUGAUGCCGAGACUCAGGUCAUUCUUAGAAGCGCUUUCGGCUAUACGGUUAUGCAGUAUCAAGGUGGAUGCCGUCGAAUUGAAACUGUGGAGGCAGGUGCUGCCGGCGAUGGUCGAACGAUGCCGGACAUGGGAGCAUCGUCCUGACUGUGAAUAUCUGGCGGAAUCGCGCAUUCCCUUGUCUUUGGAGAACGGCCAGCCGCUCCUGUGCUCCUGUGGAAGCGGCCAGCUGCCGAAAACAUUCCUCACGGGCGUGCCACAUUGGGGUUCGGUGUCGAAAUACUUUGUUCGAGCAGCGCUGUCCCCGUGCUUCCCAGCUCCCUUUUGUGAGAAACUUUUUGAUUUCAGCAAGAUCAACAAAGCCAAUCCUUUCCCUCACAACGGUGGCGGAUGCAGAGCCUGGAGUGGGCUUGUUAACGUGUAUGCGAUGCCACGACGCGAAGUAUUGCUCGAAGGAAUGUCAACGGAUAGAUUGGAGGAACCACAAGCCUAA